ACUUGGCCACUGGGCCAGCCCUCCAUUUCUUUACAUCUUCUUCCAUUUCUUUCAAUAAUGUCUUAUAGUUUUCAGUCAUAGUCUUUCAGUAUAGUUUCAAUUAUAGGUCUUUCACCUCCUUGGUUAAGUUUAUACCUAGGUAUUUUAUUCUUUUUCUUGUGAUUGUAAAUGGGAUGGUAUUCUUGAGUUCUCUUCCUGCUAGUUAGUGCUUGUUAGUGUACAGAAAUGCAACUGAUGGGCUUCACUUGUCUGGGUCUGGAGCCUCGCGUGCGGCUCAUGCUACAGGAGGCUGCUCCCGAAGUCGUUUGGCCUACAACUGUGCAGUCGAGCACCAUCCCCUCACUACUUCGCGGCCGCCACAUCCUUUGCGCUGCAGACCCCGGCAGUAGCAAGACUCUCAGCUACCUAUUACCUCUGCUUCAACUGCUCUUGGGCCGGCCACACCUGGACUCCCAGUGUAUCCCUGCUCCUCAAUGCCUGGUCCUUGUGCCUUCGAGACAGUUAGCCGAACAGUUCCGUGCCGUGGCCCAGCCCUUGGGCAGCUCCCUGGGCCUCCAGGUGUGGGAGCUAGGGAGAGGCCAUGGCAGGAGUAGGAUCAAGCUGCCACUGUCCAAACAACCUCCAGCAGAUGUACUAGUGGUCACUCCGGGAGCUCUGUGGAAGGCCCUGAAAAGACAGCUGAUCAGCCUGGAGCCCCUCUCCCUCUUGGUGUUGGAUGAGGCAGACACACUGCUGGAUGAAAGCUUCCUGGAACUAGUGGACUACAUCUUGGAGAAGAGCCAUAUAGCGGAAGGCCCAGCUGACUUAAAAGACCCCUUCAAUCCCAAAGCUCAGUUAGUGCUGGUGGGGGCCACAUUUCCCGAAGGUGUAAGCCAGCUGCUGAGUCAAGUUGAGCCGGACUCUCUAGCCACUAUCACCAGUUCCAAGCUCCACUGUGUCACAUCCCAUGUCAGACAGACAUUUAUGAGGCUGAAGGGAGCAGAGAAGGUGACUGAGUUGGUACAGAUCCUCAAGCAGCAUGACAGAGCAUAUAGGAUGGGCCCCUCAGGAAGCGUUCUGGUGUUCUGUAAUAGCUCCAGCACUGUGAACUGCCUAGGCUAUGUUCUAGAUGACCACAAAAUCCAACACCUCAGGCUGCAGGGACAAAUGCCAGCCUCACUGAGGGCAGGUAUCUUCCAGCGCUUCCAAAAGGGCUCCCGAGACACACUUCUCUGCACAGACAUAGCUUCUCGGGGCUUGGACAGCACCCACGCGGAGCUGGGUACCAAUUACGAUUUCCCUCUCACCCUGCAAGACUGUAGCCACAGAGCGGGGAGGGUGGGCCGAGUGGGAAGCGACGUGCCAGGAACAGUCAUUAGCUUUGUGACCCAUCCCUGGGAUGUGAGCCUGGUUCAGAAGAUUGAGCUGGCAGCUCGCCGGAGGAGAAGCCUUCCAGGACUAGGGUCCUCGGUGAGAGAGCCUUUGCCCCAGCAAACCUGAUUGCAGCUGGCUUAAAUAUGAUGCCAUAACAGAGAUCUUUCCCUGUGCCCUGGGUGGGUGAGCAGACUUGUCAUUAGGAUGUGCUAGGCUGCCCAGUCACCUCCCCGAAGGCCUGGUAAGCUGCUGGCCAGCACGGGAGGGUGAACUUCUGAGCAUGGCUCUCUGUAGUCUUUCACAUGACUCAUGAAAAAUAAAGUAGAUUUUGGCUUUGCCUUAUAUCAUGAUUUCUAACAAUAAAUGAUGUUUUUAUGGAUCUCCCCUAAUGAUAGUUACCAUUGGAGCAGAAUUCAUUGGAUUCUGAGAAGAUUCACACUCCAAACUAUCACACCUAGGACAAAGGGUCUUUCAACUGAUGGUUUUAUUUGUAAACAUUUAGGUUUUAUUUCCUGCCCCUAAAACACCCAUUAAGUUCCCAGGAAAAGGGAAAGGUGAAGUAACUAGCAGUAGGGAGAAAUCUUCACCAGCAGUGCCCAUGGCAGGUUUGGGCACUCUUGGUGAAAUCUCUGAGAAGUACUGGCAGAAGAAUACAAGGCAGACUGACGCAGAAGUGUGGCUGGCUGUGCAUUUCCAGGCUCUGCCUUCUUUUCUGUCUCUUGGUGGCAGAGGAAGAGGAGAGGGGAUUAAACUGUUUUACAGAACUGGCAAAAUAAGUGUAUAGCAUCCUGUGACUUAUAGGUUCCAGUCUCUGCUGCAUGAUAUAAGUUUUGCCUAAAGUAAUAAACAGUUGAGAGUCGAAAUAUAAUACUCCACAAAACAACUUAAAAAUACUUGCACACAGAAAAUGAUAAAGUUUCAGACAGCAGAAAUGGGCCCAGGGCAGCCUUUGCCAAAAGAGAAUAUUGUACUAAAUGUGCAAUCAUAGCUCUUUUCCAUAUGAAGAAACUGAAGCUCAGGGGGACAAAGAACUUACUCAAAAUCAGACAAGUAGGUUGGACAGAAUCUAGUCUUGUCUGCACCAAGGUUUGUAUUCUUAACCACCAUGCUAGCUUUUUUCAAAUAUGAUACAUGCACAGAAUUAUUCUACAUCUGUAUUUUCCUUGAAUAUUCCUUCUUUACAUCUAUGCCUGGGGCGGUUUUUAAUACUGCCCACUUUGACUCUCAAAAGUGACCCAG